AAAAAAAAAAAACUAGUGAUAUCAUCGGUAAAUGAAAAUCAUAUGAUGGUAACUUGAAGUGAAGUGGGCAGCCACAGUCCAACUUGUUCAUAAUGAUAAGGUAGUCAUCCUGAACAAGUGGGAAGGUAAACAUCUCGAAGACAAGCAAUGUGGCAACUGCUUGUACUCUCUGUUUUAGUUUCGGCAUCGCAUUUGUCUGCUGAAGAUUUGUCUGUGGCAGAUCUUGUCUUGAGACAUGGCUACCCUUUUGAUGUUCAUGAGCUGACCACAGAAGACGGCUAUGUCUUGUCCCUCUUCAGGAUACCUUUUGGUAAGAAAGACAUACAUCAGCUGGGUCCUCCUGUCAUACUCCAACAUGGACUCCAAUGCAGUGCUGCGUGUUGGCUAUUCUCUGAACCGGAUAAAGGAUUGGGCUUUAUAAUGGCUGACCAAGGAUAUGACGUAUGGAUGCCCAACAGCAGAGGUACAACGUAUAGUAGGAAGCAUCGAACGCUGGAUCCGAACUCUUGGUUUGAUGAGGAUAAAUAUUGGGACUUCAGCUUCCACGAGCUGGGCUACUACGACCUUUCUGCCAGUAUAGACUACAUCCUCAAGACGACAGGACACGAAGCUCUCUAUUACAUCGGACAUUCGGAAGGAACAACACAAUUCUUCGUCUUGAUGUCUUCUCGUCCCAAUUACAACCAGAAGGUACUUCACAUGUCCGCUCUAGCACCGAUAGCGUUCAUGGAAAAUAUUAGUGGUCCGGAGAAGUUCAACACUCUGUUUGCUCCAGCACUGAGUAGGCUGUCAGAGUUCUUUCAUUCUUAUAGCGUUUUAUCAGGAUCGUUCUUACACUUCCUUCUUAGAUUAGUAUGUAAUUUAAAUUUAUCAACACAGAAAUUAUGCAGCCAUGUUAUCUACUUGACGUCAGAGCAAGAUCCUCAGCAAGUUAAUUCGACUCUGAUACCGACAGUCACAAGUUUCGUUCCAGCCGGAACAUCUCUGAAGCAACUUAUUCACUACACUCAGUUGGCUCAUAACGGAGGCAAGUUUACGCAGUACGACUACGGCAAGCCAAUCAACAAGAUCGUCUAUCGCCAAGAAGAUCCUCCAGAGUACGACCUGAGCAAAAUUACAACUCCGGUUGUUCUGCACCACGCGAGCAAUGACUGGAUAUCUGAUACCAAGGAUGUGAUGACAUUAUACAAACAAUUACCCAACUGCAGUAAGGUGCUUAUUCCUUUGCCUAAUUUCAACCACAUGGACUUCAUGUGGGCCAUAGAUGUCUGGAAACUAGUUUACGAACCAAUGAUAAAUAUUUUGAAGCAUUAAUAAAGUUAAAUAAGAGAAUUUAUAAAGUACAAAUCUUUCAAUUAAUUUUAAUUAGUGUUGCCCAAAUGCAAGGUCGAGUCUUUAUUAGUCUUGGUCUUGUGCCAGGUCUCGCAAGAGUCUUGCAGUUACCUAUUACUUUGCUUUUUAUUUAUUUUUUAACUUGUUUAUUGAAAAAUAUGACAAUAUGUCUUAAAGGACACUUAUAAUAGUAUUCAGAGAUCACAUUCACACUUUAUGUACAAUAAAUAAAAUAAAGUAUACAGAAAAAUAAUAUAUAUAAAAUAAAUAAGAAUUAAAUUAUAAACACUUCAAGCAAACAAAUAAUAAUUGUAGCAUGUGUAAUACAAACGAAACAGAAGAUCUCUAUCACUUCCUGGCUGCUUAUCCGAUACUCUCUGAAUUUAGAAUUAAAUGGUUAAAAUCUAGAAAUUUGUCUUGGGAUCAAGUAAUAGAUUUAAUAAAUGGAAACAAUUGGAUAGCAUUGGUAUUUUACUGCAAGUCUGCUUUCUCCUAUAGAAUAAUGCUCACCAGAAAAUUUAACAAUUAAUAAAUUGGAGAAUUUUGAUACCACCAUUUUUUUAAU